AUGACGGAAGAAUUACAGUGUUUAUUGGAUCAAUAUCCUGUCUUUGAAUACAAUGAGAGACAAAAAUUGCGAUGUACAUUGACGGGACAUGAGAUUCCCUCAUGUUUCGAUCAACUUGACCAUUACGUUAAGACAUCAAAAUUUCUUCGUGCAUGGAAGAUUCAUCAAAUUAUGAAAGAAUAUGGUGAAUAUUUCGAUGAUAUUGGCCCUCAUGAAUUUGGUUGCAAGAUUACUAGGAAGGUCAUUGCGAAAGAUCCGGAUGAUCUCUUGAGACAUAUCAAUGGGAAAAAGUUCAAGAAAGAUUUGGAGAAAGGUUUGUUUGUUAGCAUGACUUUAAAUAAAUGA